GGGCCGGGGCGGCGCCGAGCCCGGGCCGGGGCGGGCGGGCGGCGGGGCCGGGCCGGCCUGGCGGGCGGCGGGAAGAUGGCGAACGUGGGGCUGCAGUUCCAGGCGAGCGCCGGGGACGCGGACCCGCAGAGCCGGCCUCUGCUGCUGCUGGGGCAGCUGCACCACCUGCACCGCGUGCCCUGGAGCCACAUCCGCGGGAAGCUGCAGCCCCGGGUCACCGAGGAGCUCUGGCAGGCUGCCCUGGGCACACUCAACCCCAACCCCACGGACAGCUGCGCCCUGUACCUGAACUAUGCCACAGUGGCCGCCCUACCCCCGAGGGUGAGCCGGCACAACAGCCCCUCGGCUGCCCACUUCGUCACGCGGCUGGUGCGCACUUGCCUGCCGCCUGGAGCCCAGCGGUGCAUCUUGGUGGUCUGUGAGCAGCAGGAUGUGUUUGCCUCGGCCUGCGCCCUGGCCCGGGCCUUCCCGCUCUUCUCCCGCCGCUCAGGGACUUCUCGGCGCCCAGAGAAGAGGACAGUGGCAGUGGAGUUCUUCCUGGUGGGCCAAGACAACGGACCCAUGGAGGUGUCCACGUUGCAAUGCUUGGCGAAUGCCACAGAGGGUGUGCGCCUGGCAGCUCGCAUCGUGGACACACCCUGCAACGAGAUGAACACGGACAUCUUCCUCGAGGAGAUUCACAAGGUCGGGAAGGAGCUGGGCAUAACGCCCACCAUCAUCCGGGACGAGGAGCUCAAGACGAGGGGCUUCGGAGGAAUCUACGGUGUGGGCAAAGCCGCCGUGCAUCCCCCGGCCUUGGCGGUGCUCAGUCACACCCCCGACAGAGCCACACAGACCAUCGCGUGGGUGGGCAAGGGCAUUGUCUACGACACCGGAGGCCUCAGCAUCAAAGGCAAGACCACCAUGCCAGGGAUGAAGCGAGACUGUGGGGGUGCCGCCGCCAUCUUGGGUGCCUUCCGAGCUGCCAUCAAGCAGGGCUUCAAAGAUAACCUGCAUGCCGUCUUCUGCCUAGCAGAGAACUCAGUGGGGCCCAAUGCCACGAGGCCAGAUGACAUCCACCUGCUGUACUCGGGAAAGACUGUGGAAGUCAGUAACACAGACGCCGAGGGCCGUCUGGUGCUGGCGGACGGUGUGUCCUAUGCCUGCAAGGACCUGGGUGCAGACAUCAUCCUGGACAUGGCCACUCUGACCGGGGCACAGGGCAUUGCCACAGGCAAGUACCAUGCAGCAGUACUAACCAACAGCGCCGAGUGGGAAGCCGCCUGCGUGAAGGCCGGCAGGAAGUGUGGGGACCUGGUGCACCCACUCAUCUACUGCCCCGAGCUGCACUUCAGCGAGUUUACCUCGGCCGUGGCUGACAUGAAGAACUCGGUGGCGGACCGAGACAACAGCCCCAGUUCCUGCGCUGGCCUCUUUAUCGCCUCACACAUCGGCUUUGACUGGCCCGGGGUGUGGGUCCACCUGGACAUUGCCGCGCCCGUACAUGCCGGCGAGCGCGCCACAGGCUUUGGCGUGGCACUUCUGCUGGCACUCUUUGGUCGCGCUUCCGAGGACCCCCUGCUGAAUCUAGUGUCCCCACUGGGCUGCGAGGAGGACACGCAAGACGACACAGGCCGGGACUCCAAGAGACGCAGGCUGGUGUGAGGCUGCCUCCUUCCCAGCUUUUACCUCACUUUGCACUGAUCAGUUUUAAACUGCAGGAAGAUACCACCAGGCUUUGAUUUGUUCUGUUUGCAAGCGCAGAGGCGGUGGGGACAGCGGC